AAGCUGGACAAACUGCUAGAUCAACGGCUUACAAGUGCAUAUGAAAUGCAAUCUCCAGUGCCUGCAACCAACUUCUCAGCUUUCACCAUGAAACCAAACACUACCAACAUGACACAAGCUCUUUGUGAACUCCCUGCCAAUGAGGUUUUCAUAUUUGCGUAUUCACUCCUUUUUCUCGUCAGUCUGGUGCUGAACUGUAUCACGAUGCAGGUGUAUUUCUGCACCGAUCAGCAGGUUCAGUCCAGCGUCACAGUCUUCAUGAAGAACCUGGUUGUAGCCGAUUUCUUCCUUUGCCUUUGUUUACCUUUGCGCAUUGCUGCCUACGCCAAUAAUUCAGAGAUAAUGAGCAAUAUUUACUGCAGCUUUGGAACAACAGCAUUCUAUAUAAACAUGUAUGCAAGCAUUUUCUUCAUGGACUUUAUUGCUGCAAACAGGUACCUAAUGAUUGUCAGGCCAGUGGAGACUCAAGCUCUGCAGACGAUUCGUAUCGCCCACUACAUUUCUGCAGCAACUUGGCUGUGCUUCUUAGCCAUGGCCUCCAUCUACUUGACCCUGUUUCUCCAGAACUUCUGGGGUCAAAUGCCUGAUGCGUUUACAUGUGAAUCCCGCCACAGUUCCCAGCUCAGUGUGACUUACAAAGUCAUCCACUGUGUGACCUUUGUGGGAUUUGUUUUUGUCCUGGUAUCACUGAUUGUGCUAUACUGGAAGACUCAUCAAAAGCUUAGACAAGUUCAGAUUUCUUCACAGGUCAGUUUCAGAAGCCAAACAUUCAAAAGGUCUAAACACAACAUGCUAGUGCUAGUGGUCAUUUUCUGUGUGUGCUUUGUUCCCUAUCACCUGGUGAAACUACCUUACGUAUUCAUCAAACCCCUGCUGCGUGAUUGUACAGCAGCGCAACCAUUCUACAUCCUGACGGAGCUCACCAUCGUCCUUGCAGCACUAAACGCCUCCUUGGAUCCACUUAUGUACUUUUUCUUUUGCAAGACCUUCAGAGCCCAGUUUAACUUAACUACAAGGAGUCGGCAACCUGUCUGUGAAUGAGGACUAGAUGCUUUUUGUAUUAUUGUGCUUUGUGAUGUGCUUCUCUAUUGUUUUGUAAUUACCAAAAUAUAAGCACCUUUACUAAAAAAGAAAACUGGUCUAGAAGAAGUGAAUCUGCAAGAUGUCGUUUUACUCCUGAAAAGGAUGUGGAUAAAUUUGUGUCAAAUCAACCAAGUUUUAGAACACAUAAUGAUGAAAUCUAU